GCUCUGUGCAGGAACAGGGCUGGCUCAACGCCGGCAUACAAAAUAGAAAUCGGGAAAUAAUAAAUAAAAAUUUACAAAAAUGUUAUUCAAAGCGCUUCUACUGGUACUUGCUAUUAUACAAAUCAGCGCCGAAGAAUAUGACACCGCAAUACUGCCAGAAGCCUAUAUAGAUGCCGCUGAACGCUCGACACAUACGAACAACUGGGCCGUGUUGGUGGAUGCCUCGCGUUUCUGGUUCAAUUAUCGUCAUGUGGCCAAUGUGCUGUCCAUUUAUAGGUCCGUCAAACGCCUCGGCAUACCCGAUUCGCAGAUCAUUUUGAUGAUUGCCGACGAUAUGGCCUGCAAUGCGCGUAAUCCGCGACCCGGCCAGGUGUACAACAAUGCGAAUCAGCACAUCAACGUGUAUGGCGACGAUGUGGAGGUUGAUUAUCGGGGCUACGAGGUGACCGUUGAGAACUUUGUCCGGCUGCUAACGGGCCGCACUCAAAACGGAACAGCACGUUCCAAGAAAUUGCUCUCGGAUGCGGGUAGCAAUGUGCUCAUCUAUUUGACGGGACAUGGCGGCGAUGGCUUUCUGAAAUUCCAGGACUCCGAAGAGAUAACCAGCCAGGAACUGGCCGAUGGCAUACAGCAAAUGUGGGAGAAGAAGCGCUACAAUGAGCUUUUCUUCAUGGUGGACACUUGCCAGGCGGCGUCGCUGUACGAGAAGUUUAUAUCGCCCAACGUAUUAGCUGUAGCCAGCAGUCUGGUCGGCGAGGAUUCGCUAUCGCAUCACGUCGACCCCUCGAUUGGCGUCUACAUGAUCGAUCGCUACACCUACUAUGCACUUGAGUUUCUGGAGAAGGUGCAGCCCUUUAGCAAGCGCACAAUUGGCGAAUUUUUGCAAGUGUGCCCCAAGCGCGUCUGCAUCUCGACUGUCGGCGUUCGCAAGGAUUUGUACAGACGCGAUCCGAUGAAAGUGCCGAUCAUAGAUUUCUUUGGCGCCAUACGACCAACACGCGUAUCCACCGGGCGCAUCAAUGUAACGCUGGCCAACGAAGAGGACUUCACCGAUGUCGCCCAUAUCCAACCAAAGAAGCAGUUCAAGAUCGUCGUUCAGCCGCAGUUUAUAGCCAAAAUCAAUAAAUAAGACUUAGACCGGGCGCAGCGAGCAAAUAAAU